CUUCGGCAACGCCAGCAUCAAAGGGUAGGGGACACAGGAUAACACGCGUCCACCCGCAUACGCACUCACACACAGGCGCGCGCACGUACGCUCAGCGAACAGCGAAACAUAUACUUCAGCAGCAGUAGAGCGGGCAGCAGGAUGUGGUUUCGAUUGAAUUUCCCUUUAAUUACGCUGCUUGGCAUCCUCACACUGUGCUCCGCACAGCAAACGGCCAGCCCCAGCAUCGUGUUUAUCAGCCCGGAGCAGAUCAAAGACACCGGGGAUCGUGUGACGCUCAACUGCUCCAUCGCCAACGUAAAGAACUACAUCGUCGGUUGGCAGAAGAGCAACCGGGAUCGGACGAAGGAGAGCAACAUUAUCUCGCUCGGUGUGCAGCUGGCGGUGACCGAGGAUCGUUUCUUUCUCAACUUCACCAAGGAGAACAAUACGGCCAACUAUGUGCUUGAGAUCCACGAUAUAGUGAACACCGAUGCGGGACUGUACGAGUGUCAGAUCCAGGUGAACAGUACGAGCAAAAUUACCAAAACGGUGGAGUUGCAGGUUCGCCAUCCGCCAAUACUGCUCGAGAAUCAGCACUCGAACAUCAUCACCAAGGCGGAGGGUGAAGAUGCGGUGUUGGUUUGCCGGGCCGAAGGAUAUCCGCGCCCAACCAUCACCUGGAAGCGUGAGUACAGUGCUAUUCUGCCGAUCGGUGGCCAAACAAUUGCCGGUAACGAACUGCGGCUGAACGGAUUGCGGCGUGAGGACCGUGGCACCUACUACUGCCUGGCCGACAACGGUGUCGGAAAACCGGACACGAAGGCUAUCACUCUGGAGGUGGAGUUUGCGCCCGUCAUUUCCGUACCGCGGCCAAAGGUAGCCCAAGCGAUCGAUUACGAUAUCGAGCUGGUAUGUGUGGUGCAAGCGUUCCCGGCACCGUCGAUCUCGUGGUACCGCAAUGGCAAUCAGAUGCACAAUGGCGGUGCGUACAGCAUCUCGCAGACGGGAUCGCCGGACGAUGUGACGACGUCGGUGGUGAAGAUACACUCGGUCGCAGCGGAACAUUUUGGUGAUUACAUCUGCAAAGCGUCGAACAAGGUUGGCCAAGCUGAGGCCAGAGUCAAUCUGUUCGAAUCGGUUAUUCCUGUAUCUCUGUGAAGGUUUCCUUUGUGAAUCCAAACUUAUCUACCUCCAGACGCAUCAAUAUACCUUUCCGUUUCGAUAGAAACGGUUCAGCUAGCCGUUUUUGUUAA